AGAUCUCCCGAGGAAUGAAUCUUCACUUUUAUAUCGGGGAACCUUAUCUCUCAGACUUCCCGUUCCGGAGCCAUCCAUCGUCGCCGAGAAAUGAUAUCAUCAUGUGCUCAGCACCAGCCCUGAGUCCGAGACUUUCGCAUCGCAUAUCUACUCCGUACGCCUUCGCUCUCUAGCUCAGAUCCAGCUGCAGACUGAUCCCCGCUGAUUUACCUCAUCAAUGGCACAAUGAGACUCAUUCCAGCUCACACCAUUGCUCACAAGCGCCCAUCAUCCUGCCUCCUCGUUUCAAUCACGAAGUUCAUCACCACCAGCAGAUCUCUCGCAACCCAAAUCAGCCACUCAACUGCCUUCCGCGAAGACCAUGAGAAAGAACGCGUCGUGAUCCUCGGCUCCGGUUGGGGUGGCUACAACCUAUCCCGCCAACUCUCCCCAGACAAAUACAAUUCGAUCAUCAUCUCCCCGCGCUCAUACUUCGUGUUCACUCCUCUCCUCACCGACGCCGCCGGUGGCUCCCUCGACUUCUCUCACAUUGUCGAACCCAUCCGCGACCGCUCCUCAAAAGUCGACUUCAUCCAAGCCGCGGCGCGGUCCGUUAACUUCACCGAGAAAACCAUCACCUGCGAAGCCACAGUCGUGAAAAGCGGCGUGACCGAGACGCCUCGAUCCAGCGAAGAGGAAGAAUUCCAGUCCCACUCCACCCAGUCCAGCACUCCCCAACGCCCCUGGGAAACCGGCCAAUCCUUCACCAUUCCCUAUAGCAAGCUCAUCAUCGCCGUCGGCACGGUCUCCAAAACCUUCAACACGCCCGGCGUUCGCGAGAAUGCGCUCUUCUUCAAAGACGUGGGCGACGCGCGCAAAGUCCGCCGUCGAGUGAGAGAAUGCUUCGAACUCGCCGUCUUACCCACUACCUCCCCUGAACUCCGAAGCCACCUCCUCCACUUCGCCAUCGUUGGUGCCGGCCCAACAGGAACCGAACUCGCUGCUUCCUUACGAGACUUCAUCACCAAGGACCUCAUCGCCCUCUACCCAGCCCUAAAAGGCAUCCCCCGAAUCAGUCUCUACGACAUCGCCCCCAAAGUCCUCUCUAUGUUCGACGAAAAACUCUCCAAAUACGCAAUGGACACCAUGCGUAAAGAAGGCAUCGAAAUCAAAACCUCCCACCACGUCCAGAGCCUCCGAUGGGGAGAACCGGGCGCCAGUCCGCCCUACGAAAUGGACCCUAAACGCUGCCUCACCCUCUCCACAAAGGAAGAAGGCGAAGUCGGCGUUGGAAUGUGCGUCUGGGCCACCGGAAACGCCAUGAACAAAUUCAUCCGAGACUCCCUUACAACCAUUGAUACCUUCCCUACGAAUUCCGCGCUCAUUAACAACUCCUCCGGAGACCAAACCCCGCCCUCCAAUGCCACCUGGCACGUCAAAAAGCACCCUAAAACCGGUGCCCUUCUCGUCGACGGACACCUUCGCGUUCAACUCCAAACUGAUUCCGAUUCCCCCACCACCGCAACCCUCCACGACGUCUUCGCCAUCGGCGACAACGCAAUGCCCGAAACCGGGGCCCCACCAGCAACCGCACAGGCUACAUUCCAAGAAGCGAAAUGGCUCGCGGCGAGACUGAACAGUUAUGAUAUCAACACCGCACCACCAUUCUCGUUCCGAAAUCUAGGUACACUUGCGUAUCUCGGGGAUGCGAAGGCGUUACUGCAGAUUCCGCAUCAGGAGGGCGGGAAGGGAGCGGGGUAUCUUCCUGAGGGAUUGACGGGUAGGAUGGCGUGGGUGGUGUGGAAUUCGGCGUAUUUGACUAUGAGUAUUAGUUGGAGGAAUAAGUUGAGGGUUGGGUUUAGGUGGUUGCUGAAUCGGAUUUUUGGGAGGGAUGUUUCGAGGUAUUAAUCAAAUUUGUGGAUUACUUAUGGGAUAACCUUGGUGGGCUUGUGGAGUUGUAGUAUAUAGAUUAUUCCGUGAAGAUACAAAUCUAUAGUCAUGUAUGUACAUAAGAGAU